AUGUACGCGCAGACUACUCCGGCCGCCGAUCCGCAGCAGGCUUCGGCCUGUCUGCUUAAUACGUUACCACAAGUCGCACCGGUGAUGCCUGCAACCGUCAUGCCUGCCCCUGUCAUUCUUCCUAUGCCCAUGAUGGUCCCUCCUGCAUCACAAUUCGGUAUGGGUGUUGCAAGCGGCUACGUCACGCAACCCGUCGCACAAAGCGAGGAUCCCACUGCGUCGGCUGUACAGAGUUUUACAGCAAAUGAAGCGGCUUCCUUGGGCAGCAUAAUGGCCUCAGGCGCUCCGGACAAAGAAAAGAAGGUCCAUCUGCGCAAGGGAGCAGGGCGGAUAUGGAGCGAUCCCACCCUGGACGAGUGGCCUGAAAAUGACUUCAGGGUAUUUUGUGGAGACUUGGGCAAUGAAGUUACGGACGAGGUAUUGUCGAAUGCUUUUCGAAAGUAUAAGUCCUUCGAGAAGGCCCGCGUGGUUAGAGACAAGCGAACAGGAAAGACGAAAGGCUAUGGCUUCGUGUCCUUUUCGGACCCAAAUGACAUGCUCAAGGCUUUAAAGGAGAUGAAUUUCAAAUAUGUAGGAAACCGGCCAAUACGAGUUUUACGAAGCAAGUGGAAAGACAGGGAAAUUGAUUCAGAGCGGAACAAGAAGUUCCAGGAAAUUACCGUCGUACAACCUGCCAACUCGAAGACACUUCGGAAGUUCAAGAAACUCGGUGUUUCGAUCAAUGGCGGGAAAAUGGCACGGCAGCAACAGGCGGCAGCGGUGAUGGGAUCAAAGGCAAAAAAGACUCAUGCGCCCGCUACGACAUACGGACGCAUGACGUACCAGUACAUCAAAGGAGGUCAUUCUAUUGCUCCUGCUCUAUCACAAGGGGCGUGUGCGGCACCGAAUCUCUUAGAUGAUAUAUGA